AUGGCGGGAGAGAUGAAAACAGCCUCCGAGUGGCCUCACGGCUGCCGCCUCCUCUUACGAGUUAUGGUCCUUUCGAUCCUGGCGCGCAGCUCCGAUGGAGAUGUAGUGUCACUUAAAGAACAUCAAACAUAUGAAAAUACUUCCCCUGAACAGUUUUGCUAUUCAAAUAAAGUGAUUCCCAAAUGGCAUGAUAUAUGGACUAAAAUUCAGAUCCGAAUAAACAGCACCAAGGUGAUCCGCGUCAUCCAAGUUGAAAGUGAGGAGAAGCUGAAAGAACUGGAUGGAUUUAGUUUAUGGAUGUAUGUUGGCUUGCUCUUCAAAGAGAAGCUUAAUGAUACUUACAUUAAUGUUGACAUUUUCAGUAAAAAAACUUGCUUGAAAGUCGAGACCUUAGACCCAGACUCCAAGUACGCCAUCAGUGUUAUUCGAACACUUGAUCCUAAGCUCUUCAUUGUUACAUUUCUGGGCCUGCUGCUGUUUUUCUGUGGUGAUUUGAUGAGUAGAAGUUCAAUCUUUUUCUAUUCAACUGGAAUAAGCAUUGGCAUACUGAGUUCAUUGCUCAUUGUUGUCUAUGUACUAUCCAGAUUUGUGCCUAAGAAGAGCCCCAUCUAUCUCAUGAUUCUGGGAGGCUGGUCUUUUUCUAUUUAUCUUACCCAGUUGGCCUUCAGAAAUCUUCAGGAAAUAUGUUCCUUUUAUUGGGAAUAUCUACUUGGCUACCUGGUCAUCGUAGGGUGUGCAAGCUUUGCCGUGUGCUACAAAUAUGGCCCUCUGGAGAAUGAACGCAACAUAAAUCUUCUCACUUGGGGUCUGCAGAUUUUCGGCUUGCUGCUCCUUUAUAUGAGCAUUCAGAUACGACAUAUUGCCGUCAUCUUGAUUAUAAUUGCAAUCUGCACUAAAAACCUGGAGUACCCAGUCAUAUGGGCCUAUGCCAUCUACAGGAAGCUGUUCACAGCUCCAGAAAGGCCCAGCCCACCACGCCUGUUGUCCGAGGAAGAAUAUCGGAUCCAGGGGGAGGUAGAGACACGCAGACAAUUGGAACAAUUGCGGGAGUACUGCAGAAGUCCGGAGUUCUCUGCAUGGAAAGCAGUCUCCCGCAUCCAGUCUCCAAAAAG